GCAGCGCCCCCUGCAGGCACAGAGGAGCCGUUCAAGUCACCUCGCAGCUCCAGGCAUGCGAACAACGAGGCUCCGGCUGGCCGCCUUCGUGGCGCUGCUGUCGGCGGCGUGCUGCUGCUGCUCCACACGGGCGGAGGUGAUCGACGACGUGCUGGGCAGCCUCUCCAAGGGUGCCUCUUUCCUGGAGCGCCAGCACGAGCACAUCAACCUAGAUGGCGUGGUGGGCUUCCUCAUGCUGCAGGCCGAGCUGAAGGAGGCUGUGCGAACGUGGCCUCACUCGGACCCGGUCAGCUGGGCUCAGAGGACGGCGGCCGUGAGUCUUAUCAAGCGUCUGGAUCGCAGCUUCGACAGUGCUAUCGCAGCCCUACGCCAGAAUGACCCUAAGUACUACCAAGAGUUCGAGCCUUUGCUGUCGUGGAAGUUCUGGCAGAUUGGCGAGGAGCGGAGCACCACUGACCCCAGCCUGGUUUACGCCGCCACCACCGCCAGCGAGUGCUACGAUGAGCAUCUCAGCGACAAGUGCCUCACGCUGCUGCUCGGAACUUGGAAACAGAAGGGGACGCCGUGCAUCGUGACCAAGCCGUGCCGGGACACCAUGACCCAGUUCGGUUGCCCGCACUACUCGCUCUCCCACCAGCUGCUGUACUUCAUGAUCGGGAAGAUGAAAGGGUGCUCGAACCUGCUGAAGGGCGACACGCGAGCGUCCCGUGCCAACAUGACCGAGCGUAGCUACCAGAAGAUCUUCUGCUCCAACAUGAUGAAGACCAACCAGGACAUUGCCACGGACGGACUCAGCGAGCAGACGGCAGACAUCUUCAUCGAGAACAUCCUCAUCUGCGGAUUAGCCGGCUUCUCUGACUUUUACAAAGCUGAAUGGCUGGAGCACAUUCUCCGACUGCAGGACAGCGAGCUCGGCUGCUUUGGCCGCGACCGGAGCAUCGUCUCGCAGAUGAUUGGAGACGAACUGCUGGAGCAACUGCAACCUCAUCACCGUGUCAAGAGGAGGGAGAAGAUUCUUCCUGACGGCUGCUCCAGUCACAUGACGGCUGUGGCAGUGGGUGCCCUGGGAGGAUAUUUAAACUUCUACCUGAAGGAGCAGGACAUAACCAAGAGGCCCCUUUCGUGAUCUCCUCAUUCUUCCCUACUCCACAAGGCUCCGGA